ACCAAGGAGGCCUCUUUGUGGGACCAGACCAUGCCAAGUUCCUAAACUACAUUAGUGGAUUGAUGGUCUCGGAUGACUAUUUUUAUGCGGGUAUGACUAUUGCAACAUCACUGGUUCAUGGAGGACCUGGCCCACAGUUCUCAUCACCAGUACUUUUGGAGGCGCUUUCAAGUACACCCGAGUCCACAUUUGUGGCAGUGCAAGAUAUCCCUGAUAUGGACAUAAGGAACUAUCUGGAGAAGCUUCUAACUUACCAGGAAGAACAUUCAAACACUGCAGACUUAUUUGAACCAAUCCAAACUCUGAUGCAGCUGGCUGGAACACACAAAGUUAUCCUUGCUGAUGAUUAUCGCAAGAUUGCUGAAGAAACUGCACAUUGGUACAUUUUUGGAAGAACACGGGCAGCAUUUGAGAGAUUAAAGGAAGGGUUGAAAACUCUAAGUGUACUGGAUGCUAUGACCAAGUAUCCCAAUGCAUUCAAGCAUGUCAUGUGCUACACAGAAGACACCCUCACAGCCAAGACAUUUGAUAAUAUCUUCCGCCAUGUUCUACACCCUGGAAAGACUUUAUACAAGAACUACAAGUCAACUACUGAUCUUCUGGUGUGA